AUGGAGAUUAAGGUUAAGCGUGACCAUGCAGAACGAUUGCGCAUUAAGCUUGGUUUCAAGGGUCUGUUCUACGUGGAUAGUGUUGGGUUGAGUGGUGGUUUAGCGCUAUUAUGGAGGAAGAAUAAUACUGCCAGGUUGCUUAGUUUGUCAAAGAAUCAUGUGGACGUGGAGAAUGUGAUUGGGGAUUUUAGUGAUCUCCUUUACCAGUCUGAGAAACAGGGGCGUGUGGCCCAUCCAGAGAACCUCUUUCGCCGUUUUGGGGAGGCCUUGGAUGACAGUAGUCUUGUGCAGUUACCUACGGAGGGGUACCCGUACACAUGGGAGAGGGGUAGUGGUACAGAGGCUUGGGUGGAGGAGAGGUUGGAUAGGGUGGUGGCAACUGCUGAGUGGUGUAAUUUAUUGGAGGGAGCUAGGGUGGUUAACCUGUUGACCCGUACUUCGGAUCAUUCGGCUCUUUUCAUUGGGAUCUCAAGCUUUGGGGAGGGGAGUUGUAGUGGUUCAUGGGGUUUCAGGUUUGAGAUGGCCUUGCUACUAGAUGAUGGUUGCCGUGGGGUGGUAGAGAAGGCUUGGGAGGAUGGAGGUGGUGUGGGGCUAAUUAACAGUUCAAAGUUUUGUGGUGAUCGGCUUCGCAGUUGGGGAGGGGACAGGAUUCAUAUGUUUGGCCGCCAGAUUAAGUUGUUAAAUUCUAAGCUUUUGCAGCUGCGUGGCCGCACCGACCCGGCUUCUUUUGCCGAAUUCAAUGACCUGGAGGCUCAGUUGAGACAGUUGGAAACACAGGAAGAUGUUUAUUGGAGGCAGAGGGCAAAACAGCAUUAG